AUGACUUUGAAUAAAAUUAUAAUUGCUUCGUUGAUGAUAAUACUCAUUAACAAUGCUAAAUAUUUGUAUGAUUACUUACUAAAAACAGACACUAAUCACAUUAAAGAUCAUAAAUUGUAUUUGACGCCAUUUCUUAAAAAUGGCAAAUUCGACGAAGCUCAUAAAUUGGCAGUAGUUAAUCACAAGGAAAUGUUCAACAUUGAAAGUUACAGUGGAUACCUAACUGUUGAUGAGCAAUACAACUCGAACCUCUUCUUCUGGUACUUUCCCUUCAAGUUAGAUCCAAAAAACGAUCCUGUGGUGCUGUGGCUUCAAGGCGGACCUGGUGCGACAUCUCUUUGGGCGCUCUUCUACCAAAAUGGGCUCUUCAAAAUCCACAACAACAAAACUUUAUCAAAACGUCAGUACAGUUACAGCAGCAAUUAUAACCUGAUUUACAUCGACAGUCCAGUUGGUAUUGUCUACAGUUUCACUGACAACAACCACGGCUAUGCAAGAACUGAGUCAAAAGUUUACAAAGACCUAUACUCUGGAUUGCUGCAGUUCUACCAACUAUUCCCGGAACUCCAAGGCAACCCUCUGUUCAACAGCGGUGAAUGUUACGCUGGCAAAUACAUCCCUGCCUUUUCGUACCUGAUCCACCCGAAGAACCCCACUGCUAAGAUCAGAAUUAACCUGAAAGGUCUUAUCAUCGGCAACGGGUUCGUGGAUCCGAUCAGUCAAAUGCACUUUGGGUACCACUUGCAAGAAAUCGGACUGCUGGACCUGAACGGCAAGGUUCGAUUUAACUUGUAUGAAGAGAAAAUACGGUCCUUGAUUAAAAGCAAUCAACUCACAACCGCUGUAGAGGUUUUCGAUGAACUCCUCUUCAACUUUCCUUCUGUGCUUUCAAAUCUAACAGGGUUCAAAAGCUACCUUUUCAAUUAUUUGGACAACCAAAAUUCAGAUGACUGGGAUGCUUUGGUGGACUGGAUUCAGCGUCCUGAUGUUCGAGCUGCUAUUCAUGUUAGCUAUGACACUCCCUUCAAAAUAAUUAACCAAACAAUCCUGAAAUACUUGCAGCAUGAGUUCAUGAAAUCGGAGGCUGAUAAGAUAGCUGCGCUGCUUACUGAUUACAAGGUUAUCUUUUAUAAUGGGCAACUGGAUAUGAUUAUUCCUUAUUCUUCUAUAGAGACUGCUAUGCUAAAUUUACACUGGGAAGGAGGUGAUGAGUUCAAAAAAGCUUCUAGAAGUGUUUGGUGGAGUGGUGAUGAGUUAGCGGGUUAUGUUAUAUCUCAUAAUUGA